GUCAGUUCUGACUUAGUUAAAUAUCUGCAAGGCAAGCUCAACAGCUGUAACAACAUCAGACUCGGAAAGAAGUAAGAUCCUACCUAGUAACCACGACCAUUCUACAAACAAUACAUAUUGAGCUCAUAUCAUCGACCUUAUACCUUCUUGAUCUGUUCAUUUUGAAGUUAUAGACCGUAAUCUAGAGAGGAUAAUUUUGUUUCCUGUCAUUUUGAUUGUUGCCUGAAAGUAUUUCUACCCAUCGAAAUACCAUAACUUGGGCAAAAAAUGGCUCGGCACAGGGACUCUCGCUCACCAUCGCCAACAGGAAGUCACCACUCGUCGAGACGAAGCCGGAGAGAUGAUAAUGGCAGACGCGAUCGAGAUCGAAGAGAUGAUGUUAGAGGACAGAGGCAUCGCAGUCGUUCUCGAAGUCCUGACGUGAGAACUCUUACCUUUAGACCCCGCGUUCAUCAGGUACAAAUUACUAAUGAUCCCCAGCGUCGCGAACGUGAUCGUGAUAUGCCUCGCAGAAGAGAACGUUCAGUAGGAAGAUUAAAUGAUGAUUACCAUAGAUCUGGUCGUCGAGAUAGAUCUCGAGAUCGCAGAGGCUAUGCGGAUAGGGAACGAUCACUGGAUAGGAGAAGACGCAGAAGUCGAGAACGAGAUUACCGUGAUAGGCGAGACAAUUCUUAUGAUGAUAGGGCUCGAAGACGCCGCGAGGAUUCUACUGACUCAUGGUCUCGUAGCAGAGGAGACGAAAAUCGCGGACAAACCCCCAGAUCAGAUAGUGGCGCAAAAGUUAUUGAUGUGAGUUAUCCAGAUUCUGAUCAAGACAGACCAAUUACUCAUACAGGAUCACAGGCUCCAAAAGCAUCAGCACCAGCUGCGCAAACCGAGGAACAAAAGAAAGCAGAACGUCUAGCAAAAUUAGAAGCGUGGAAGAAGAAGAUGGCCGAAGAUAAAGAGCGUAAGGAGAAAGAGCUGGCUGUGGGCGGGACUCGAAAAUUACUCGAUGAUAUAGAUCAAAAGGCCAAUGGUUCUCCUUCCCAACCCUUAUCCAAGACUCCUACAACUCCUUCGACACCUGCGAUAUCAGGCGAUCUCGCACCUCCAACAAAUUAUGCUGGGAAAUUUGAUCCAAAGGCGAUAGCUAAAAAGGCAGUGGCCAGCUCGAGCAGUGCGCAUGCUCUUGGAAGAGAUUUACCAUUAAAGGAAUUGUCUAAAACGUCCGCCACCUUAACUUCUACGGUCAGAGGAUUACAAGCUGACAAAAAGCCAACAGCUUUCAACAGCACCUCGAAAGGUAAGGCAAAAUGCUACUCCUCUAUGUAUAAUCAUUUGGCUAAUCAGUUCGAUUAUAGUAUCUGCGUUACCUAAGACAAGAGGGAACCUUAGUGUUUUCGGGCUCGGCGCGAAGGUUGCCGACAAUGAAAAGACAUAUCAGAAACGUGCUCUAGAUUUUGAUGAAGAUGAAGGAUCAAGAAAGAAACUAGAAAAGCUACCAACCCUGCCAAUGGCAAACUCCAAGGAAGAUGAUGCUGCGCUCGCUAACGGUGUUGAGGGACAAGAUGAUGACGAUGAUGCGGAACUGGAAGCUGCCGGCACGGAAGAAGAGGCCGCAGCUGCAGCCAGAGCAGCCGCAGAGAAGCGCGAAGAAAGAUUGCAAGAAGCUGAAUCUCAACCACAGACAAACGGUGAUGUCCACAUGGAAGAUGCUCCUCAAGCUGAUUCAAGCGCCAUGGAUGAAGAUGAAGAAAUUGACCCAUUGGACGCUUUUAUGGAAGAAAUGGGAGACCCUUUCUCCUUACCGAAAGCCAACACAACAUUUGUCAAGAAUAAUACCAAGAGUCAGCCACAAGAGCCGGAAGCUUUAUUCGGUGAUGAUGAUGUGGACCUAAAAGCCUUGGACGCGGACCCGGAUGAAAUCCUUGCGAUCGCAAAUAAAGCCAGAAAAAAGAAGGAUAUUCCAACCAUCAAUUAUGCAAAUUUAAAUCUUCCGCCAUUCCGCAAGAACUUUUAUACCGAACCAGCGGAGCUUGCGGAUAUGACUGAAGCUGAAAUAAACGACUUACGACUUGAGCUUGAUGGUAUUAAAGUAGCUGGUAAGGAUGUUCCCAAGCCCGUACAAAAGUGGUCUCAAUGUGGUCUUGAUGUGAAGUCCCUGGACGUUAUUACAAAACUAGGCUAUGACAAGCCCACCUCCAUUCAGAUGCAAGCUAUUCCGGCAAUAAUGUCUGGCCGAGAUGUCAUUGGAGUAGCUAAGACAGGAUCGGGUAAAACCAUCGCUUUCUUGCUCCCCAUGUUUCGUCAUAUUCGAGAUCAACGCCCAUUGAAAAACUCUGAUGGGCCUAUCGGUUUGAUCAUGACUCCAACGCGAGAAUUGGCAACACAGAUUCAUAAAGAAUGCAAGCCUUUCUUGAAGGCAAUGGGGCUCCGUGCGGUUUGCGCAUAUGGGGGUGCCAUUAUCAAAGACCAAAUUGCCGAUCUCAAAAGGGGCGCAGAAAUAAUCGUUUGCACUCCCGGAAGAAUGAUUGAAUUAUUGGCCGCCAAUUCCGGUAGAGUUACAAAUCUUCAACGUGUCACAUAUGUUGUUCUAGAUGAAGCUGACCGUAUGUUUGAUAUGGGAUUUGAGCCUCAAGUCAUGAAGGUUUUCAAUAAUAUUCGACCUAACAGACAAACUAUUCUUUUCUCAGCUACCAUGCCUCGAAUUAUGGAUGCACUAGCUAAGAAGACGCUCCAAUCACCAGUAGAAAUUGUUGUUGGUGGAAGAAGUGUUGUUGCGCCUGAAAUCACACAAAUUGUUGAAGUUCGAGAGGAGAAAGAAAAGUUUCACAGACUUUUGGAGCUUCUUGGAGAGCUCUACAAUGCUGAUGAAGAUGCUCGAACACUCAUCUUUGUUGAUCGACAAGAAAAAGCUGAUGACUUACUGAAGGACCUAAUGAGAAAAGGUUACCCAUGUAUGUCUAUCCAUGGGGGGAAGGAUCAAGUUGAUCGUGAUUCUACCAUUGAUGAUUUCAAAGCUGGCGUGGUUCCUAUUAUGAUUGCUACGUCAGUAGCUGCUAGAGGUCUUGAUGUCAAGCAGCUUAAGCUCGUUGUUAAUUUCGAUGCACCUAAUCAUCUAGAAGACUACGUUCAUAGGGCUGGACGAACUGGCAGAGCUGGUAAUACUGGUACUGCUGUCACUUUUAUAACAGAAGAGCAAGAACAAUAUUCGGUAGGUAUUGCGAAAGCCCUUGAACAAUCUGGACAAGAAGUACCAGAAAGGCUUAAUGAGAUGAGGAAGUCAUACAAAGACAAGGUCAAAAGUGGUGCUAAAAAGGAGAGUUCAGGCUUUGGUGGAAAAGGUCUGGAACGUUUUGAUGCUGAGCGCGAAGCUACUAAGGCUCGCGAGCGCAAGAUACACAAGCUUAAUGGCGAUGAUGAUGAAGAAGAAAAAGAGGAGAAAGAUGAUGACGUCCUUCUCAAGGCUGCAUCCGUGGUUCAACCCGCCUCUGCUUCUACUGCCCCACCUAAACUGCUUGGUGUGCCUAAAGGUAUUGAUCUCGAUGGAGAUAUUAAAGUCCAUCGCACCGAAACUGCAGCCAGCUCCAGCGGAUCCAAAAAUCCCCUCGAUAAAGUCACGUCGGCCAUCGACGCCAUCAACGCCCGUCUCAACAAGACAGGACAGCUCCGCUCCGGUGUCCCGAUUGAUAACAAAGGACCCGACGCAGGUGCUUUCCACGCUACGUUGGAAAUCAACGAUUUCCCACAGAAAGCUAGAUGGGCUGUUACGAAUCGCACGAAUGUGGCCAAGAUUCUGGAAGCGACGGGUACAAGUAUUACUACCAAAGGUAGUUUCUACCCGGCUGGAAAAGAGGUCCAGGCUGGUGGUGAUCCUAAAUUGUAUAUUCUGGUCGAGGGUGAUACUGAGGUCGUGGUUACGAAUGCCAUGAGGGAGUUGAUGAGGUUGUUGAAGGAGGGUACGAUGGCGGCUGCUGAUGCGGAGGGUAGGGCCCCGGCUAGUGGGAGGUAUACUGUUACUUAGGUGGGAUGGUGGGUUUCGGUGGAUGGGGAUGGGGAUGGAUGGGUGGAGGGAUUUAUAUAUGAGAAGAUAGGAAUGAAAAGGUGGC